UCUUUUUCAGGUCGGACGCUGGGCUCUGGAGCCUUUGGUAGGGUGGUUGAAGCAAUGGCCCAUGGACUUGGUCACUCUAACUCCACCAUGAAAGUUGCUGUAAAGAUGCUGAAGACUACUGCACGGACCAGUGAGAAACAAGCCCUGAUGUCAGAGCUGAAAAUUAUGAGUCACCUUGGUCCUCAUUUAAAUAUUGUUAAUCUGUUGGGAGCCUGUACCAAAGGAGGUCCAAUCUACAUCAUUACCGAGUACUGUCGCCAUGGCGAUCUGGUGGAUUAUCUGUACAGGAACAAACAUACCUUCCUACAACACUACGCUGACAAAGGGCAGAGAGAGUCAAACAACGUCAUCACAAACUCCUACAACGAGAGGAUGAAGAG